CAUCCUCGACUCGUUACCCAUGUAACUAGCCCAAGUCAUAUAUUCCUUAUACUGAUGCCUCCACAGCCCGCAUUUUCUCCGGGUAGCGGAUGGCACGUCCUCUUCGGCUCUUGAGCCUGAGUUCUGUAACUGCCCGCGCAAUUCGGGCAGCUGUAACAUCCUUCCUGUCAAGUCUCAACAGCUUCUACUUUCACAGACAAGACCAUAGACAGAGCAGGAAAGUCGCCAAAACCAUUGUAUGAUAAUAAAAAAUUAUAAAUAAAAAAAGAGAGCUAGAGCUACCUAUAAAUAAAACCCAGGCGUGGACUCAUUUUUACGCAAUUUUUCACUUCACUCUCUGAUCUCUGUUUACGAGAGAGUCCGUGUGGUUUAAGAUACUGUGAAAUUGAUUUUCGAGUUUGUUUUCUUUGGAUUGAUUUUUUUUUUUAAAAUUUUUUUGGAGUUUUCGUUUAGUUAGAUCUUCGAUUUUUAGGGCACAAAAUGUGGAAACUUACGCGAUUCGCGUCUUCCAGUUUGCGCCGAUCACGGAGGUUCUCGACGGCGAUACCUGGUCCAUGUAUUGUUCACAAGCGUGGUGCUGAUAUUCUCCAUGAUCCUUGGUUCAAUAAGGAUACUGGGUUUCCCUUGACUGAAAGAGAUCGACUAGGGCUGCGAGGCCUCCUUCCACCUCGUGUUAUAUCAUUUGAGCAGCAAUAUGCUCGUUUUAUGGAGUCAUAUCGAUCGCUGGAGAAAAAUACUCAGGGACAACCAGAUGGUGUUGUAUCAUUAGCAAAAUGGAGGAUCUUGAAUAGACUUCAUGAUAGGAAUGAGACACUAUACUAUCGAGUCCUUAUCGACAACAUCAAGGAUUUUGCUCCGAUAAUAUACACUCCAACUGUAGGGCUGGUAUGCCAAAAUUAUUCAGGCCUAUUUCGACGUCCCCGUGGAAUGUAUUUUAGUGCAAAGGAUAAAGGAGAGAUGAUGUCAAUGAUCUAUAACUGGCCAGCUCAGCAGGUGGACAUGAUAGUCCUAACAGAUGGAAGUCGUAUUCUUGGCCUAGGUGACCUUGGUGUUCAAGGAAUUGGUAUACCCAUUGGAAAGCUUGAUAUGUAUGUUGCUGCUGCUGGUUUCAACCCACAGAAAAUACUACCAGUUAUGCUGGAUGUUGGUACAAACAAUCAAAAGCUACUCGAGGAUCGUCUUUAUUUAGGACUUCGACAACCUAGGCUGGAAGGAGAAGAGUAUCUAUCUAUUGUUGAUGAGUUCAUGGAAGCUGUUUUCACGCGUUGGCCCAAGGCCAUUGUACAGUUUGAGGAUUUUCAAAUGAAGUGGGCAUUUGAAACGCUGCAAAGAUAUCGUAAAAGGUUUUGCAUGUUUAAUGAUGAUAUACAGGGAACUGCUGGUGUUGCACUUGCAGGAUUGCUGGGGACUGUGAGAGCGCAAGGACAACCAUUGUCUGACUUUGUGAACCAAAAGAUAGUUGUAGUUGGUGCUGGGAGUGCAGGACUUGGCGUCCUGAAUAUGGCUAUAGAGGCUGUUUCAAGGAUCUCUGGGAAAAAUGAAGGUGCUGUAAAGAAUCGAUUUUUCCUACUUGAUAAAGAUGGUCUCAUCACAAAAGAGAGGAAAAACAUUGAUGCGGCAGCAGCACCAUUUGCUAAAGACUUAAAAGAUGUUGAGGGGCUUAGGGAGGGAGCUAGUCUAGUUGAAGUUGUUAAAAAGUUAAAGCCCCAUGUGCUUCUUGGGUUGUCUGGAGUUGGUGGGAUCUUUAAUGAGGAGGUCCUCAAGGCCAUGCAAGAAUCUGAUUCAACUAAACCUGCAAUUUUUGCUAUGUCAAACCCUACAAUGAAUGCUGAAUGCACUGCUGCUGAUGCUUUCAAACAUGCUGGAGAAAACAUAGUUUUUGCAAGUGGAAGCCCAUUUGAAAAUGUUGAUCUUGGAAAUGGAAAAGUAGGGCAUGUAAAUCAAGCAAACAAUAUGUACCUGUUUCCUGGGAUUGGUUUGGGAACUCUUCUUUCAGGUGCACGGAUUAUAACAGAUGAAAUGUUGCAAGCAGCUGCUGAAUGCCUCGCAUCUUACAUGACAGAUGAGGAAAUCCAGAGGGGCAUAUUAUAUCCAUCUGUUAAUAGUAUUCGACACAUUACGGCUGAGGUUGGUGCUGCUGUUUUACGAGCAGCUGUUGCAGAAGGUUUGGCAGAAGGACAUGGUGAUGUGGGCCCCAGAGAGCUCAAGAACAUGUCUAAAGAGGAGACGGUGGAAUACAUCUCGCGCGACAUGUGGUUCCCAGUUUACAGCCCUCUUGUUCAUGAGAAAUAAGGCUUCUUUGACCUUUCAUUGUCUUUCCUUAGGAGGGUAUUUUUCUGCAACUUGGGCAUGAAGUUCUGCAGUUAGCUAUAAUAUUCUUUUUAUGUUAUCCUGAAUUCAUAAUUUGCUAACUUAAAGUAGAUGGGCAAGUUAUGAAAACAGGAACAGCCCACCGUAAUUUCUGAAUUUGUUAAUCUGCUUGAACUAUGAUCUGGCAGCAACAACAUCGAUUCAUGUAUAUUUUCAAUUAUUUUCUGGAGAUUUUUUCAGAAUUAAUUGUUUCUUUAAA